UUGUACAUUAAUUUCAAACCCAAAUGGAACGAGGGGAACAUAUUUCAGAUUGAUGAGGAAACGGGAAACAUCACCAUGACGAAGGCUGCUGACAUUGUGGGCCCCAUCAUCCUCACCGUUCUGGCGUCCCAGGUGACCAACAGGGACCAGUUCGCGGUGACUCAGGUGGCCAUCGAGGUGAUGAAGAAGAGCAGGAACGCCCCCCGCUUUGAGAAGGAGCGAUACGAGGGAUUCAUCUACAGCAACUCCGUCCCAGAGAGCAUGAUCCUCCGGGACCGCAGCACCAACCGGCCCUUCAGGGUCCGGGCCCGGGACGAGGACUUCGCCGGGGGCGUGAACCCGGACCUGAAGUACGAGGUCCAGUACAGCAGCUACGUGAACGUGACGGCCGACGGCUUCGUGGUUCUGAAGAGAGUCGUGAAGACGGAGUCGUUCGCCCUGCAGCUGCGGGCCGUGGACGGAGCCACCGGAGAGUUCGGGACGGCAGCGCUGUCCGUCCAGGUCAUUCCAGCGGUGGCCGCCCCCUCCCCCUCCAGCGUGGGCUACCGGGCGGGUGACAUGGCUCUGCUGGGGCUGGUGAUGGCGGCUCUGCUGGUGCUCUGUCUCAUCGUCAUCGGCUUCCUGGUGUCCCGCCUCUGGACCGGGAACGCCGGCGUGGACAAGAUCUGUGAGUGUCUGGGCCCCUGCCUGCAGACGGAGGCUGCUCGUUCCGGCCACCGGGACUCCCUCCAGUUCACCAACGACGGCUUCCAGACGGAGGGCGACCCGGGCCGGGGGGGCGGCGGCGGGGGGGGCGGGGGCCAUUGCCGGCCCGGCGGCGCCCCCCGCCGGAGCACCUUCCCCCAGCCCCGGGCCCGCCUGCUGCCCCUGGGGGGCCGCACCCGGCCCUGCUCCGGCUGCGGCCUGGGCUCCAACCACCUGCCCCGGGGCCGGAGGGGCCGGGCGGGGCCCCCCCCCCCCGCCGAGCCCAACGGCGUGCGCUCCAUCCUGGGGCGGCCGCGGCGGCGCGAGGGCCAGAAGACGGUGUGGUUCAAGGAGAGCCAGGACUCCUCCGACGUGGAGGUGGAGAUCAUCCCCGACUCGGUGGGCCGGGUGGAGGAGGAGACCGAGGAGGAGGUGGAGAUGGAGAUGGAGAUGGGGGGGGUGGUCCGGGACCCGGCCGCCCCCCCCAGGGAGCCCCAACCCGGGCCGGAGGACCAGGACUCAGGGCCCCGCGGGGACCAGGACCCCGGAGACCCCAGCCCCGGGAAGGAGGGGGAGAAGGGGGGGCCGGAGGAGGAGCGCUGA